AAAAGGGACGACAGAGAAGUUGUCGCCAUGAGCGUCCAAAUUCAAGUGCUCCAUAGUUCAGACUUUGAUGGUGCCACGUGGUAUGCCAUCCGGGUGCGAGAAAAUCACCAAGAAUGGCUGGUUCAGAGGCGCUUCAGUCAAUUCAUUGACUUGGAUUCGCAAUUGGCGUCCUCAUCUACAAUUUCGCGGGUGCCACUCCCACAGAAGGGUACCUUUGGCCUGCGAAAAGCUCUGAGCCUCGGUGGCUUCAUGGAACAUCGGCGCUUGGGCUUGGCCGUCUACAUGACGCACCUGGCAGGGCAGCUGCAAAGCCUCUCACAGGUGCCCAUCCUGCAGCAGUUUCUGCUUCCUCCAGCUCCUCCAGCUCCCCUUGGCGCGGUGGUGGUGGGCAUUCCCGUCACAGCGUCAGUGCCACUGGCGCCGUUGGCCGUGGAAGGCCCUCCCCUGGUGGAAAUGCUUCCAUCCGCGCCAGCACGAGGGGAGUUGCUCCGCAGCGACGCUGAAGUGCGUGCGGUGACUGCGGCGAUGCCUUCCGUUUUGGGCCGGUGGAUGAUGGACCGCAACAUCAGAAGACUAGAAGCCAUGGUGGACGCAAUGGACAGUAGUGCAGUGAAGACAGGCUGUGGACAUUGCAAUGGCCUUGGCUUUCGCCAUAACUCGUGUAUGGAGCACGAUAUGCCAGAGCACGAGCGUUGCUUCUUCUGCCAAGACUGUCAGGUCUGUAGAGGCAUGGGCUGCCGAAGGUCCUUGCGGAGCGCGUCUCAGAGCAGCUGCAAAUGUGGUGGCCGCGGCUUUCUCCAUAAGUCCAGUAUUCGCCACGACGAGCCGUGGCAGAGCCGCUGCUUCUUCUGCACGACCUGCCCGCAGUGCCGAGGGCAAGGUCUGGCGGCCGCGGCAGCAAUGGCUGCGUAGUCUCUACUUGGCAUGGAAGCCCUUUGCUCCAUUGUACAGGUUGGAUGCCUCUGAGACGCCACUUGGGCUCCAGAGCCAUCAGAAUCCCCGGAACAAUCGUUGGUGGUUUCAAAG